AUGGUGCUUGGACAUGCAAAGAAUAACCAUGUCUGUGUGCACAUCCACAAUAGCGUACAAAUUUUUUACAAGACUGGUGACAAUUUAUGUAGCAUCGAAAUGGUUGUAAAUGUGUUUAGCAAUAACGUAAUAGGCUUGGGCAUAUUUCAGAAUGAGAAAAGAAAUGCGAAAGGCAUCGGAAAAGUGAAGAACAGCUUCCACUUUAACAACCCAAACGAGUUAUACAGAGACAAUGGGUUCCUUGCGUGGGAGAGUUGGUUCGACAGUGGUGGCGCUAAUGUUGACGUCUGGGGAGGAGGGGGUUGCAUUAGUGAGGCAGCUCAGAGGUACUUUACGACUCCCAUUUGCAACAAAAGUGGUGUUAACUGCAGCCAGAAGUGCCCCCCACGGAAUAACACCAGCAUCUGCAGCUAUGCCAACCCAAGCACUAGACACGAAUUGGCCUCUGCUCAGCAAGACGGGCGAACUAACAAAAGAAUGUCAGAAGAAUUUAGCACCCAAAGGAAUAAUCACAACAAGCAGUACUUCGAAAAAGAGCACUCCACUAAUCAACUCAAUUUUUACGAUAAUGAUUCGAACAGGAAGAGCACAAGGCUGAAGGGAAAACACCAUCAGUUUAGCAACAACCACGCUGGCAAGAAAAUUGCCUUUUUGAAAACGAAAGACACAAGUGAAGUAAAAUUGCAAAGUCUAAAUGGGGGUGGAUCACACGAGGGGGGGAAGCUUACACAAAUUGUUAAGAUUCCUCCUGGUAACUAUCGCCACGACAGAGGUGACUGUGCAGGGCCGGAAUUCCAAAAUGGGAAGAGAGAGUUAAGUUAUAACAGCGCCAUCGACGCUUUCAUGAGCGGAGAAUAUGUCAGUUGUGAACACUUCCGUUGUGACGCGGGUGGUUUGGGAGAGCAUUCCAGCAUAGGGGGUGUUGACUGUGCAUAUAAUUUUUCCGGCACCGGGGAGAGAUCCAGCUCCUUCGGAAAAAAGGAAUUUACACAGGGUGGCUCGGCGAAUAGUGCUGCAACAAAGCGCGACUUACCAAGCAGGGGCGAAUGGGACAAACGCAGGAAAGCACCUCACGAAGGGGAAAUAUUCUCCCCACGGAAAUGGUGCAAGGUGGUAAGUGGCCCAACUGAUAACCACCUCCAAAGAGGUGACACAUGGGAAAAAAUAGAGAAAUGGGAAUUACAAAAAGAAAGCAUGGAUAGAGAUACAAAUUGGGGAGAAGAAAUGCCCUACUUCGAUGAACAGCUAAUAAAAAAGGCGAAUUUGUCCGGUACUCACCAUGGCCAUAUUCCUGGGGAGGAAAAGAACAAAAAAAAUUGGCCACAUAGCGAAAAUAGCCCUGCGCAGGGCAUAAAACUAACGGAGAAGAGCACCAUCGUAGAGGGGGUUGACGAUAAUUUAAUUUACAAUUGGGCCUUCGAUACGUUUGAAGAUGACAAUUUAAGUUAUGGCCGUGUGUGCAAAUUUGAUGAUAGUCAAAAUUGCCUGAACGGGUCAGACGAAAGCUUCCACAAAAAUGGCCUGAAAAAGUCACGUGGUGGCCGACCAACCUGUGACCCGCAGGGAAGCGGAAACAUCGGGAACUACUACAUGGAAAGCAAAACCCGUAGCAUCCACAAGGAGGAGUGCCCAGAAGGCCAUCCCGCAAACGCCCCAAUUGACAAGAAUUGCAAAAAGGUGUUACAUGAAAAGGGCGAGGAAUAUUUGCACAUCGAGCAAAAUGGAUGGAAGGAAGACAAUUUUUACCUGAACAGUAAUAAUUUUCAGCACACUUUUAACCAAAGUGCAAAUAAGCGAAGUCCACAUAGCCGCUACGAAAAAGACUUGCACAGUGACCGUUCGUCGAAAAGUCCAUUUUGCAAAAAUGACGAAGCGUACAAUGAGAACAAUUACACACGCGAGGAAGAUGCAUACGUUGGAAAUAAAGAAAAAUAUAUUUGUGAGGAAAAAAAAAACAACGCAAAAAUGGACAUGUUAAAAGAAGCAACGGCAUACGACCAGGGGUCACCAUUAAAACGCAUUCUCAUGGAUGCCUACAUCAGUAAACAAAUAAAUGCAAUUUUUGGAUAUUGCAAAAAAGACGGUGAUUUAAGUGAAGAUAAUAUUGCACAAUUAGUUCAAGGCCCUUUUUUUAGGGGAACAAAUUUCCUAUUUCGAAAAAGUAUUGAUGAUAUGGAAAUUGAGAAAAAGGAACAUAGGAAAUAUAACCCCACCACUCUUUUGCAAAAAAAGCAAUUUUCAAAAAAUAAUUUUAUGCAGGAAAAUUACGACCAUUCGGAAAAAUUAAAUUCCCACAAUAGGAGCAUAUUGGCGUUUAACGUUGCGCAACAUUUCUUGGAGGAUAACAAGCACGAUAAUUUUUCGUGCAAAAGCAUUAACGUUGGGUCAUAUGAAAGUAGGAAGGUUACCACCGGCACUACGAUCGCCACUACCACCGCCACUACCACCACCACUGCCACCGCCACUACCACUGCCACCGCCACUACCACUGCCACCGCCACUACCACUGCCACCGCCACUACCGCCGCCACUACCAUCUCAGGGCAGGGGCAUGGAAACGACUUGCAUGAAUUUCUUCACUUUUGUGAUCAGAGCCAAGUUGGAAGUCAACCGAGAGAACGCCAACUAUAUGAGCUGCUCGAAAUUUAUGACAGAAACAAUUACACCAUCCCAAUUCAGGAAGCAACUCAGGACGAAUUUGUGGAAAUUUAUGAUACCAUUAAUGGAACAGGGAGGAAAGAAACUAGCAACAUGAAUGAUGAAUUUCUGGAGAUCUAUCAGCAGGAGAAAAAUUCAAUCUUGCACGGAGAAGAUGAAUUUCGGCACAUUCGUGAGAAAUCACAAAGCAGUGCAGCGGGUCCCCAGGAGGACGAAUUUUUAGACAUAUACAACAAAAUUCUUAGCGCGAAGAGUGCGCAGGGUGAUGAGUUUUUGAAUAUCUUCUGCGGGGAGGAGCAGCCGCUACAGCAUCGUGAAGGUUGGGGAGAGCAAGUGGUCGGCAACGCUGAGAGGAAGUCCUUGGAAAAGGCAGACCGUGAUGAAGAUGGGAAAAGUGGAAAAAAUGGACAAAGUGAGCAAAGUGAGCAAAUCGGGCAGACUGAACAACUGCACCAAAGCCAGGGAAAUCACCCUACACCCAGCUACAAUGCCAGGAAAAAGGUUAAGCAAGGUGAAAACUCCCAUCCGUUGGAAGAUUCCCCUAAGGGAAAUAAAAGCUCCGUGAGCGAGAUACCCACAAAUUACUCUUCAUUCACGUAUGCUUCUGGGAAGGAAGUGAACAUAAAUAAAGACGUCCUAAACGAAAUGAGGAAAGAACUGUUCCGUGAUGACGAUGAGGGAGAAGGGUGCAUUACCAGGGAGGCAAUUCCGACCGAGGGAAGCACCCAAGUCAGACCUAGUAACAGUCAUAAUUACCCAUUUGGGAGCGUGAAUUUGUCGAGUGUAGGUGCCCCCCCGAGCAGUGGCAAGAAGCAAAAAUCGUUCGCGUACGCCUCUGGGAAGGAAGUGACCAUAAACAGGGACGUGCUGCACCGGAUGCGGGAGACGCUAUUCGGGGAUGACACCGUCGUCGGGGGAAAGGCCAAUAAUAGUAGCAGUAGCGGUAAUAAUGGCGUUGGCGGCGCGAGGGAGCAACCGCUGGGAUCCUUCGCGUACGCCUCCGGGAAGGAGGUGAACAUUAAUAAGGACGUGCUGAACCGGAUGCGGGAGAAGCUGUUUGGGGACGACGACCACCAGGAGGAUGGCGGCGCCUUCCUAAACAAUUUGCAAAAAGAAAAAAAACACAUAGAUCUCAUUAUCCAAAAUGGGGACAAAAUUGCACACAGAAAUGAGCAUCCCUUGGGAUAUGCCUCCGUCACGUUAGCACACCCAUCGGAGAGGGAAGAAGACAAAGGGGUGAAGGAAGCGGAGAGUAGGGGGUCCCACUUUAGCAACGCGAAUAAGAUGAAUCUGUCUGAUGGGUCAGAGCAUGACAAGGAGGUUAUAACAGGACAGGGGGGAAUCAAAGUGGAAGAGGCGGUUAGGAAGAAGCAAGGAGGUGAGAAGAUGUCUGCGUGGAAGGGUCCCCAGUCGAAGGGCAUCGAAGUGGAGUGCGCACAGAGGGGAAUUCCACCUGGAGGGAAGGAUCCGGCAGGAGACAGCCUUCACGGAGACACCCUCCACAGAGGGGUAAGCGUAAGAGAAGAGGAAUUAUACCAAUCGGAGGGUUAUAACGAAAAUAUAACCACCGAGGUGAAUCUUCCUCACAGUAUAGAAUAUAGGGGCGCCUCUGCGGAGGGAGGAAACGAUUCAAUGAGGAGAGUGGGAAGACAAAUGCUGAGGAGUGAUGUGAGGAGCAAAAAUAAUUUUAUCAAUCCGAGGAAGCGUAAGUUAAGCGAAGAAGCUAGCGGAGUGCAGUUGGCUCACAAAAGGGAAGGAACUAAUCACACGAAUGAGACAAAUACGACUCCCAUUGGUAAAAAAAAGAGACACAUCGAUUUAAAUCUAAACUUAAGAGAUCACUUCAAGCUGAUAAGAGAGAUGUACACCCUUUUGGCCAAGAGGAAAAAGUUAAAAGGAAACCGCAGAUUGACAAAUAGCCUUAUGUACGUGAAUGAAAAUAAACCGAUGUGCACAUUUAACUGGUCCGACAAUGACUAUGUGUAUUUUCUAAAAAAUGAAAAACUGAAUGAGUACUACACUGCUGACGUGAUUGUCUUGUACGAGCUGUUCGUUCUGAUUACAAAAGAGAUUAACAUUUUCCAUUCGUAUGAUUUUGCCUGGUUUUUGAAGAAGUACAAAUUGGUGACCACGGCGCUGGUGCGUAGGUAUACGAAGGAGCUCCAAAGAAGGUACAAUCUACUUCGGGAGAGGGAGAUGUUCCAUCCGAAUAGAAGUUCCUUCCAUGAAGGGAAAGAACAUUUCGGUGUGGAGAUCCUAUCAGAAUGCAACAAUGGACAGAGGUGCGCCCUGAAGGGAGAACGUGGCAACGUCGUUAAACCGCUUGUUAAGGAGGAGAAGGACCAUCGGCAUGAAGAAGGAUAUACCUCUCCCCUCGCAGAAGGGUGUACGUAUGGGGAGACCCCGGGUGGGGGUCCCCCUCUCAAGAAUGAAUUUUUCAGCAGCGAGUUCCCAAACGGGGCCAUCCCUGGGGAUAUGCACCACGGGGUUAACGGGAUUAGCAGAAUAAGCGGCAUAAGCGGGAGGAGCGCCACUUUCGGAACAUUGCUGAGAGGAGACAUGACCAGGCUGCCGCCCCCCGAGUCAAUGCUCCUCAUUGGAACCAUCGACGACGUGGAGCCCCCCUCUCCAAUAGAGUUCAUUUUCAAAUUGCUAAAACGAUAUCUAGAGGAAAGAAAAGAUAAGAAGUCCAUCCUGCAGAUGAUGCAGGAUAACACCGUGUCAUACAAAGUGCCCGUAAAUCUACGAGUGGAAAAAAUCAUAAAAACGGAAGACAAUGAAUUUGUUUUAAUUCUAAGUGACAACUUCGAAUACAUAUAUUGCACCGCGAAAGAUUCUUAUUUAAAAAAUCUGCUCAUGUCAAAUGUGAUAAAGCAAGGCAAUGUGUUAAGAAUAAAUGCCCUAGAUUUGCACAAUCAAACACAGGAGCAAACUCAGAGUGAUUUGUCGAAUAAGUCUUCGAUUCUGUUUGCCCUCUCUAGUAACGAUUUGAUCCAAAUAGAUCAACAGAAUCAGCUCCGAGUAGGGUUGACAAAAUAUAGGGCCAAAAGAAUUAAACAUAUUGAGCAUUGGGGAAACUCCUGCUUCUUUGUAGAUGUCAUAAUUAUCAGCAAGAGUGAUUUUACCUAUGGGUUCUAUGAUUCCGUAAAGAAGAAGUAUCACCUGGUACAUAGCAAUGUGUACGAGAAGAUUGUCUACAAUUUGAGACACGAAAUGAGCAAGCUCCUGCAGGAGGAGAAGUUUCAGGAGGAUCCUCGAUACACGAAGGUGAAGAACGAAUUGACUAUGUUCCUGGAGGCCACUUCCUUUUGCGUCGUGCAGGCCAUAGACUUCGCGGCCUGCGAACGGAUAAGGGGGGCGACAUCUCUGGAUGACAAGAUCGAGCACGUCAUCAACUCGCUGUGUCGAGUGAAGCUCUCUCGGAUGGACAUGGAGACGUACGAAAGGCUGCGGCGGGGGAGCCGCAUCAAGCUGUUCAACGUAUACGUGCAGAAGUCAAGCAGGAAUAACAAAUUCAGUCAGGUGUUGGGUGAAGACAUUAUGGACGAUUUUAUUUACGAGACGUUUCAGGGGGGAAAGAAAGCUAACCAUAUGAAGAAGGCAAUGAGUUAUAACUCUUUUGAGUCUCACUUUUUUAAGGAAGAGAUGGAGAGCAGAAAUGGGGGAGUUAUGAAAGGAAGCUGCGGAGAUGACUACCCGGAUGGAUACCCGCAUGACUACCCGGAUGUCUACCUGCAGAACCCAUUCAGCGGGCUCUUCGGGAGAGGCAAAAACUACACGCCCAUAGUCCUUCAAGCCACCCAGGCGACGCACAUCAAUUUGGAUGAUAAGUAUAGGAGCAAAUUGUUUGAGGAGCUUAACGACAUGGUGACCUUGCAGAAUAGCGCACAAGGGAACCAAACUGGAAGGAAAAGUCAAGUCAAACCUAAGACAGAGGAGCAGCAGGUUUGCUACCCAUCGUUUAUCUAUACAAACGUUUUUAAAAUCCCGGUUUUGUCUAGGAUCCACAUGGCCCUUUUGAGAAACUACGCCAAGAUAAAUGCGAGCGGGCAAAGUUUCUACUACGAUUUAAUUCAGGGCAAUUUCUACACCCUCUCGGGGGUGAUAGUGCACUACACGGACGUGGAAAGGAAGGAAGUUAUCGACUACGACUGUGCUGAAGACAAGAAGAACAAUUUGUUUUACAAAGUCUUUCUCCUAACGUCGAACGGAAAUCUAUGCUGUGUAAACAUUUCAAUGAUUUCUCCAGACUCGUUAAUCUCGACAUAUAGGAAAGACUUCCAAUGCAAGGAGAGAGAAAUGCUUAAGAAAAUGAUUCACGUCCAGCAUGUAGAGUCUAGCGGGGUGCAGAAGGGAGAACAUAAAAGGGGCAGACUCGGUAGCAGAAGUGUCGUAGGCAAUGACAAGAACAAUCUGUACAAUUACUUAUACAAGGUAGAAAGAAAGAACAAGGAGAAUGCUUCCAAGGAGAAUGCUUCCAAGGAGAAUGCUUCCAAGGAGGAGAAUCCUUCCAAGGAGGACAUGGCCGACAAAAAUGUCGAUGUUUUUAUAUUUUUUAAAGAGGUGGAAUUUAUCAAUUAUGACGAGAAGUACGACAUUUAUAACUUCCGAUCAUACAAUCACCCGCACUUUCACCCCUCGAGGUUGUACUCGAACGAAUUUGAGCACACAAGAAGGAGCAUAGCAGAGUUAAUCAGAGGGAAGUACAUCGAAUGUGAAAAGAACAGACUAGUCGUGAAACUAAGCAGCAACUGGAAAAUAAAAAUCGAAAAAGAAAAUCUCCCCUACAUGCAUUUCUUUUAUUUGCUUAUUUACUCAAAAUCGAAAUCUAUGGAAUUGACAGGAGUUCGUCUUAAGAACAAUUACUUAUCCACCUUUUUGAAGAACAUGUGGACUGUGUUUGUUAAAUAA